AUGGGCCAGAUCCAACUGCCACCGCCCGCCUCGGACGAGCUGCCCGCCUACAACGAGAUCGACCCAGUCCCAGUCCCAGUCCCCUACCGCGACGACGACACCCAGGCCCUAUCGCCAGCCUCAACCUCAACCGCCUACGCCAUCCCCGGCCAGCAGAAAUGGCACAGCAUCCGCGGCGCCCACAGCGCAGCCGGCUCGCUCUCUCUCGACCCGACUUUCUCCUCUGAACCCUCCACGCUCGAAGCCUUCAUCACGUCGCAAACCCGCCUCCCCCCGCGCCCCUGCCUCGUCGUCCACGGCCACCACAAACAAACCCGCCGCAGCGGAAACGAGACCAAAACCGAGAACGUCACGGACUUUGAUUUCCGCAUUGACCUGACACGCACGAUUCUGCGGUGGGGACGCGAGGAGCGCGAUGGGCCCAGCCAGCGAUGGUCGUAUACCUCUGUUGUUAGCGAUGGGGAUGGUCAGAAGGCUUAUCGCGGUGGGAGGAUUCCUGCCCGGCAAAGAAAAUCGAAAUCCGGUCGCAUUGCCCUCCCAGAGGGUGAGGGUGAGCGAUUGAUGGAUCUGGAGAGUGGAGAGGAUUACCCUGGGAUUAAGGGCUGGUGUGAGCGGUUCUGUGUAGACUCUGCGCCGGUGAAGUCGUUUACGUAUCGGCGCAAACUACACGGGUUCGAUGCAGCGCCCAUGCGCACGGCUUUGACGUCGCAUAUCCGCUCGACGGGAUACCAGGGACAUAUCAGCAUAACCCCCGUGACGGCGAACGGGUUCGUGACGUUCUACUCGCCGCACUGGAUCAAUAAGCUGAGGAAUAACGCCUUCGUGUAUUGGGCGUGCAUCAUCCUGCAGCUGUGGCUGAUUACGUGGCCGAUUAUCUGGGUCAUGGAGCGGCGGUAUGAAGUCGUCCGGUCCGAGUGGUUCUCGUCGCAGACUGUGGCGGAUCCGUCGCUGCCUGGUGGUUCUGGCAAGAUCUAUGCGGGUGGGCAUAGUGAGCAGGCUGCCGCGGAGCUGUGGGCGCCUGUUGUGAGGGAGGCGGCGUGGCAGGGGAGAUGCCAUGGAGAGAUUCUGGGGGAGGCAGAGGUGCUGGAGCUGAAGAGACAGGGGGUGCAGCGCAGAGAGGCUGUUCCGGGAGAGGCGGAGGGCUUGCUACAGCGUGGACAGGCAGCGCUGGGGGCGAUGGGGAUCAGGAGUAUUGGGGGAGUGAAUGUCACUGGGGGGUGGGGAGGGGAUAGCUCCAGUGCCAGCAGCUCGCGCUUUAAGGGGAAAGUGUCGAACCGCCUUGUCAAUGCGCUGCUCUGGGCACCGCCGCAAUGCCGCUGGAACCCUGACAACCCGCCCAAGUUCAACAUGUUGUUGAACUUGUUAUUCGCCUUUGCCGGCACUUUCACCGUUGCCAAUCUGUACUAUGCGCAGCCGCUGCUCGAUCUCCUGGCGGACUUCUUUGGCGUCUCGCAGGAGCGCGCCUCGCUGAUUCCGACCUGCUGUCAGGCUGGGUAUGCCGCGGGGUUGAUAUUGAUCUGUCCGAUGGGUGAUAUGGUCCGACGCAGGCCGUUUGUUCUCUUGUUGACGUUCAUCACGGCGACGAUGUGGCUGGCUCUGUGUUUUACGAAUUCCUACAGCGUCUUUCUGGCGUUCAGCUUCCUCACCUCUGUCACCACGGUCACUCCACAAAUAAUGCUCCCACUCGUCGGUGACCUAGCGCCCCCAGCCCGGCGCGCCACAGCCCUCUCAAUUGUCUCCUCCGGCCUCGUGCUAGGGCUUCUCUUCGCCCGCCUCCUCUCCGGCAUCAUCGCCAACGCCUCCCACUGGCGCAACGUCUACUGGCUCUCCCUAGCCCUACAGUACCUCAUCUUCAUCCUCCUCUACCUCUUCAUGCCCGACUACCCCUCCACAAACACCAACAUCUCGUACCCGCGCAUCCUCUCCUCCAUCGCCGUCCUCUUCACCAAACACCCCGUCCUCGCCCAAGCAACCCUAAUGGGCCUCCUCACCUCCGCAACAUUCACCUCCUUCUGGACAACCCUCACCUUCCUCCUCUCCGGCCCUCCGUACUACUACAACACCCUCACAAUCGGCCUCUUCUCCAUCGCAGGCCUAACACCCAUGUUCUUCAACCCGAUCUAUUCCCGCCUGGUUAUCGACAAAUACACCACCCAGCUCUCAACAACCAUCUCGCUCCUUGUAGCAAUAACAGGUAUCGCAAUAGGCGCAUAUACAGGGACAUUCACAGUCUCCGGCCCAAUCCUACACGCCGCGCUGCUCGAUUUCGGAAACCAGGCCACCAUGGUUGCGAACCGUGCGGCGAUCUAUACUGUUGCGCCCAAGGCGCGGAAUCGCGUGAAUACGGGGUAUAUGGUUGGUGCGUUUGUCGGGCAGCUUAUGGGCACGGCGGUGGGGAAUAGGGUUUAUGCGGCCAGGGGGUGGGUUAUUUCUGGGACGGUCAGUUUGGUGCUUUCGGCGGCGGCGUUGGGGGUGGGUUUGCUGAGGGGGCCGAAGGAGACGGGGUGGGUUGGGUGGAGGGGGGGUUGGUCUCUUAGGAGGGUUGAUACUGCUUCUGGGCCGGGUACUGUUGCUGCUGUUGAUACUGCUGGUAAUGGGAGUGGGAGUGGUCCUGGUAAUAAGGAUAGUCAGGCAGUCUGA